AUGACAGACCAUUAUAAAGCAUCCAGUCAAGCAUCGAUUGAUAAAAAAUCGAAUUCUACGAAAGAUAGUAGUAUUCUAUCGAUUAAUAAACAAAAUAUAUUGCAAAAUGAAAUUGAUAAUCUUGUUCAGCAUGGACUUCUCGAUCCAGUAUUUGAGUAUGAUCCAAAACUUCAUUUUACUUGUCUUCCAAUUGUUAUUCGCGAUCAAGCUAUUAAGCAAACUCGUCGACAAACGUGUGGAAUCAUUUGGAAAUCGAUUCGAUCGCCAACAGUAAGCAAGUUAGUACGUGACGAUCGUUCUUUUGGUUUUGUAGAAAUUCUGCGAACACCAACCGAAUGGUCACGUUAUGAUAUCGAUCUUUUUCUAAUUAAAAUUCGACACAAACAAUUUCUUAAUGGACUUGCUCUACGCGAUGAAUUUCUUCGUGUCCUUCAUAUUAUUCUCAAACGUGAUUUUAACGAAGAAACAAAUAAUGAAAAAAAAUAUGCUUAUGAAUUAAAAGAUGUUGAUUUUACUCGAAACACGAUUCAAUUAGUGUUCAAUCAUCGACAAGACGCUGAAUUAAGUCUUGUUUUAUCCUUGAUACUUUUAGUUGAAUUCGAUAUACCUUGUGUAGAAUUCUUCUCUGAUGCAUACACAUCACUUUGCUUUCAUAGUGAUUUCAAUGAAUAUUUUAAAUCCGAUCUAGACAUUAAACUAACACGUUUAACGCCGUACAAUUCAAUUAAAUUCGGUCUUGAUUAUAGUUUAACUGAAGCGAAACUAUGUGAAUAUAUAUUACAAAAGCCAAGUCUCUAUUCAUCGCUGUUAACUGGUUUUUUAAAAUUACGCAAAGAAUCAUUAAAGUAUGUUCAACGGGCAUCUAAGUAUGCGAUGGAUACAAUUAAAAUACAAGCACAUGCGGCGGAUAAACACCGUCAAUCAACAUGUUCAGUGAAUUCAGCACGAUCAGGAACAUCGAAUGCGUCAAAUUUGCAUAAACUUGGACAAGCAAAAGUUCCAUUAUCCACGGAAAUUGAAGUAGCAGUUGAAUUUCUAUUUUCCGUAUCGUUGCUUCGUCUUUUAUUUAUAUCUGUCUGUUCAAAAUACAAACAAUUCGGGGCCUCCUAUGAAAACGACUUAGCAUAUGCUGUUGAUAAAUCCUUACAGUUGUUGAGUGAUGCUUUAGAAAAUAAUUAUCUUGAACAUCCAUUUUUUACCAAUGCAAAUUUUCUACCAGAUUCUUUAUCAACCUAUGAAAUGAGUGUCAAAAUUGGAAUUAAAAGACUAGUUAAAGAAAUGCAACGGGAUUGGAAACGAAACAUACGCCGAUAG